UCUGCUCCGCCGAGGGAGAAACAAACAUGCGCAUCGUCUCGCAUCACAACUGGCAUAAAGAAAGACGCGCCCCUGGACCGGUCUUAUUUUGAAUGAAUUUUAUUUUUAAUCUUGCAUAGCGGUGUCUGUGUUGCAUUUGUUCUACUCACGCCAACAUGCUCGAGAAUAUCCUGCAUGAUUUGACGCCUGGAACGGCUUCACUCUGGCUCAUAGGACUCUUCUUUCUCGCCUGUCUGCUUCGCAAAGCACAGGUCUCUGCUGAGAUUGCGCGCAUAGGAACCAGAGCUCCCCAGAUCCCGUUUCGCAUUCCAUACGCAAUCGACUUCAUUGUCAGAUCUAGCAAAGCAAACAAAGCCUACAAGGAUGUCGAAUACUGGAGCAACGCGAUCAAAAUCGCCAACGAAGCGUACCAAGUCGACCACGCGCAAACCGCCGAGAUAGACGCAGGUAUCUCGAAUCGGAUAGUCAUAACGACAGACCCGGAGAACAUCAAGGCCAUGCUGACCCUCCAAUUCGGGGACUUUGGCAAGGGCGAGUCGUUCCAUGAAGAGUGGAGAGAGUUCCUGGGGGAUAGUAUCUUCGUUACUGAUGGGGACAUGUGGUCACGCUCGAGACAGCUUAUUCGACCCAUGUUCACGAGGGACCGGAUUGUCGAUACGGAGAUCUUUGAAAAACAUGUCCAGCAUCUUAUCCCGUUGCUGGCUGGGGGUGGUGCGCCGGGGGCUAGUAAGGUCGUUGAUGUUGCCCAGCUGUUCUAUCGAUACACCCUGGAUGCAGCGACGGAUUACCUCCUAGGCCAUGGCACAGAAAGCCUUCAGAACCCGCAAGUCGCCUUUGCAGAAGCGUUUCGAUAUGUGCAGCGCCGUCAAGCCCAACUGUUUCGACUGGGCUCCUUCAACUUCAUCCUCUCGCGCAAAGAAUUCCGCGAACAACUCAAGAUCAUGGACGAAUUCAUCCAGCCCUACAUCACCCACGCCCUGUCCCUCUCCACCGCCGAACUCGACCAGAAGCUCUCGACGAAAGAAACCUUCCUCCACGCCCUCGCCCGCUUCACCCGCGAACCCCGCGUCCUGCGCGACCAACUCGUCGCCGUCCUCCUCGCCGGCCGCGACACAACCGCCGGCACACUAUCCUUCAUCCUCUUCGAACUAGGCCGCAACCCGCACAUCGUCCACAGACUGCGCGAGGAGAUCGGGUCGCGCCUGGGCCUAGGCGCUAGCGGACGAAAACCCUCAUACGCAGACUUAAAGGAGAUGAAGUUCCUAAACGCUGUAAUCAACGAGACAAUGCGCUUCUACCCCGUCGUGCCCUUCAACGUCCGCUACUCCCUCCGCGACACGGCUCUUCCGCGCGGCGGUGGGAAGGACGGCCUCGCCCCUGUUGGCAUCCGCGCCGGCACGCGUGUCGUCUACUCAACGCUCAUCAUGCAGCGUGAUCCGCGGCACUACGAUCCGCCCGGUUCACCCAACUAUUUCGAUCCUGAUAAAUGGAUUCCCGAGCGGUGGGUGUCUGGGUGGCAGCCUAAGCCGUGGUAUUUCAUACCGUUCAAUGGCGGGCCGCGGAUUUGUAUUGGACAGCAGUUUGCGACGAUUGAGAUGGGGUAUACGCUUGUGAGGAUUCUGCAGGCGUUUGAGAGGAUUCAGGCGAUGCCGGUUAGUGGGGGGGACAGGGUGGAGGAUCCGUUGUUGGAGUUUGAGGUUACGCUUAGUCCCGGGUCGGAGAUGAAUUGUGUUUUUGUGACGGAUGGGGAGGAGGAUCUUUUGGAGAAGGAUGGUUGAUGUUGAUCGUUUCGUCCUAUAUAUGAGAUAUAUGAGUUGGAUAUGUUACACCAACACGUGAUGGUACGACACAUUAUUAUAGCUGCAUAUAUAUUUCCAUUACAAGGGUAAAUGAUAGCAUCGUGGCCAUUUUCGAUCUUUAAUUACUACAAGCUCAAUGCUAAUAGGACGGAUAAUGAGCCCUAAUUGACUGGUCUAAA